AUCAAAGUAUUCUUUUUAAAUUUCUAUAUUGUUCUGGGUUUUAAAAUCUAUUUAGUAUUUUUUUAAAGAAUUAAAAAAAAAAAUCCAGAAUGCAAUGGCAUAUUUAUUUUGCAUUGUUUUUUUGUCUUGUUAAUUCAUCAAACAUACCAUUUUUGGAAUCGAUAAAAAAACUAAAAGAUAGGUUGGAAAAUGAUGACUCCAAGACAAUACUUGCAAGGAAUAGAGAAUUAUAUUUUACAACAAAUAACGAAAAUCCUAUUGGAGAAUUAAAUGCAUUUGAGACUAUUCAGAUACCUGAAAAAUUAUUACCAAUGGUUCUUCGAAUUUUCAGUGGUAUAAUCGAUAUAAUGUACAUUCACAAUGUCAUAACAUCCUUAGAAAGGAUGGAAGACGUGGACACAAGCACAAUAAUAUCAAAAUUGAAAAAAUUCAGUGAAUGGGAAAUUAUUAGUCCUAUAAAUUUCGUACAAAUUUGGAAUGAUGAUUAUCCCAGUAUUCCAAAUAUUAUGGUGGAAAUAGUAAGCAAAUUACACAAAGGAUUUUAUAGUAAAGCCAAUGGGAAAAAAGACAUUAUCUCUAUAGGAGAUUUUAGUUCUGUAAUAGAUGAAUAUAUCAAAAAUCGUGAUAUCGCAUUUGAUAUAAUAGUCCGUCUGUACGAUUGUAAAGUAAAAUAUGUGAAUUAUGAAGCGUGGUUAUUCAAAAAAAGAAUAGAUAUAGAAAAAUUGCAAUGGAGUGGUAUAAGUGUUGGCGCGCAUGUUCAAAAUGCUUUAUUAUGGUAUUGGCUUUAACAUAUCAUUGCAAAAGAUUAUUAACACAAGUGGUGUUUAUAACUGAAACAUGUUUAAUACUUUAUAAACUAAACAAAAAAAAUAAUAAAACUUUAUUCUUUAGUA